AUGGCUUGGCAGGUCAGAAUGUCCAGCUCGCGGGGCAAGCCCUACUUCUACGAUGCGGACACGCAACAAUCAUCGUGGGAUCCGCCUGCUGGCCUUACACAGGAGCAAAUACAGCAGCUCCCAGGCGCAAAUUAUCUCACAGCCCAAGAUGACAAAGUCAGGGCUAGCCAUUUGUUGGCCAACAUAACGCGCUCGAAAGAGGAGGCGAUCAAAAUCCUGAAGACGUACCAGGAUCUUAUUGGCAACUCCCCUGACAAGCUUGGACAACUGGCGACUAAAUAUUCCGACUGCUCCUCUCAUGAAAGGGGCGGCGACCUUGGCUUCUUUGGACGCGGUCAGAUGCAGAAGCCGCUCGAGGAUACUGCCUUUGGCCUCAAGGUUGGAGAGAUCAGCGAUAUCAUCAGCACGGACAGCGGUGUCCAUUUGGUACUGAGAACCGCGUAG